GCCGGGCGCUGCGGAUCCAUCUCGCCGCUGCCAUGUCCCGGGAGCCGGAGAUCCUGGAGUCCCGAGUGAUGUGGGAGCCCGACUCCAAGCGCAACACCCAGAUGGACCGGUUCCGGGCCGCGCUGGCCGGCGCCUGCGGGCUCCGCCUGGCCAACUACAAUGAGUUGUACCGGUGGUCUGUCGAGUCCUACUCUGAUUUCUGGGCAGAAUUUUGGAAGUUCAGUGAGAUUGUGUUCUCUCGUCUAUAUGAUGAGGUAGUUGACCCAUCUAAGGGAAUUGCAGAUGUUCCAGAGUGGUUUAAAGGCAGUCGGCUCAACUAUGCAGAAAACCUUCUGAAGCAUAAGGAAAAUGACAAAAUUGCUCUCUACGCGGCGAAGGAAGGCAAAGAAGAAAUCUUGAAAGUCACUUUUGAAGAGCUAAGACAAGAUGUUGCUUUGUAUGCUUCAGCCAUGAGGAAAAUGGGAGUGAAAAUAGGAGACAGAGUUGUUGGUUAUUUGCCCAAUGGUAUUCACGCAGUGGAAGCAAUGCUGGCUGCUGCGAGUAUUGGUGCUAUUUGGAGUUCAACUUCGCCUGAUUUUGGAAUUAACGUAAGACUCCCAGAUUUAAGAAAAGUGGUGGUGAUUCCAUAUGUUUCAUCGAAAGAAGUGAUAGAUAUUUCUAAAAUACCAAACAGUGUUUUUCUAGAAGAUUUCCUUGCUACUGGGAAAGGAGACCAGGCCCCCCAGCUGGAGUUUGAACAGCUGCCCUUCAGUCAUCCUCUGUUUAUCAUGUAUUCAUCUGGUACAACAGGAGCACCAAAAUGCAUGGUUCAUUCAGCAGGGGGCACACUAAUUCAGCACCUGAAGGAGCAUAUUCUUCAUGGCAACAUGACCAGCAAUGACGUUAUUAUGUACUAUACAACGACUGGCUGGAUGAUGUGGAAUUGGUUAGUAUCUGCGCUUGCUGCAGGAGCUUCGGUGGUCUUAUAUGAUGGAUCUCCUCUUGUUCCAUCACCCAAUGUGCUCUGGGAUUUGGUUGACCGACUAGGGAUCACCAUCCUUGGAACAGGUGCAAAGUGGCUGGCUGUGCUAGAAGAGAAAAAUUUAAAACCAUGUGACACCCAUAAUCUUCAAACACUUCAUACUAUACUAUCUACAGGGUCACCACUCAAAUCUCAAAGCUACGAGUACGUCUACAAACAUAUAAAGAGCAGCGUCCUCCUGGGAUCCAUUUCAGGUGGAACAGAUAUCAUUUCAUGUUUCAUGGGUCAGAAUGUUACAAUCCCGGUUUACAAAGGAGAGAUUCAGGCCAGGAACCUGGGCAUGGCAGUGGAAGCGUGGAAUGAUGAAGGCAAACCAGUUUGGGGGGAAAGCGGAGAGCUGGUUUGUACCAAGCCUAUGCCCUGUCAGCCUACGCACUUCUGGAAUGAUGAGAAUGGAAACAAAUACAGGAAAGCUUAUUUUUCAAAAUUCCCAGGUGUUUGGGCCCAUGGUGACUACUGCAAAAUAAAUCCUGAGACAGGAGGAAUCGUCAUGCUUGGCCGCAGUGAUGGUACGCUAAAUCCAAAUGGAGUGAGAUUUGGAAGUUCCGAAAUCUAUAACAUAGUGGAAGCCUUUGAGGAGGUUUCAGAUAGCCUCUGUGUCCCUCAGUACAACAAAGAGGGGGAGGAAAGAGUGAUCCUCUUCCUGAAGAUGGCGUCGGACCAGGUGUUCAGUCAGGAUCUGGUGAAAAGGAUUAGGGAUGCGAUACGCAUAGCGCUGUCUGCCAGACAUGUUCCUAGCCUCAUUCUAGAAACCAAAGGCAUUCCGUACACAAUAAAUGGGAAGAAAGUUGAAGUGGCUGUGAAGCAGAUCAUUGCAGGGAAGGACGUUGAUCAGCGGGGAUCUUUCUCAAAUCCAGAGACGCUGGACUUGUACCAAAAUAUUCCUGAGCUUCAGAAUUUCUGAAUGUUUGGUUUUUUGCAUCUGUGUUCUGUGCUUGUACUGUAUAUAUGAAUACUGUAUGUAAAGAAAACACUAUUUAAAUACCAGUGGUUCUUUUAAAGGAAAAAUAUUUUAAGUGCAUUAUGAAAGGCUUGGGUAAAAUUUAGCUACUUUUUACCAGAUGACUAUGCCAUAUGUCUUGGAGUCUAUCUUUAAGCCUGGAAGAGGGAAAACUGCCUGUUGGGUUUUUAUAUAUGUGACAAAUGCAUCUUUUCGGGUUAGAUUUAUAUCAACAACCUGGCAAACUAGAACCUGAAUAGCAAACGGUUUCCAACUGAUAAUGGAAUAUGGUGUUGUUAAAACUGAUUUUUUCCAUUUUUUUUAAAUGGAAUUCAAGCUAUUUAUUUAAAACAAAAACAAAACACUGUUAGAGCCAGGUGCAGGGAUUAUGUGGCUUUUUUUUUUAAAUUCUUGAUGUUUGUCCUAUUCAGGAGGGUAAAGGCAUGUCAGCAUGGCCAUGAAAUAUAAAAGUAUGGAAUACUUUGUGUUUUUUAUAAAGCCACAUCUUAAUUCACUGUAUCUCUUAUUUGACUGUCUCAGUUUGAGCACAGUCUUGAAAUAUCUCAUUGUACCGUUGGAGGUAAUUGCUGCUUCAUUUUGUGAUAUCUUCACAUAGUUUUAAGCUUUCA